UGGUGCUCCCAUGAACAUGACUCGAUCUGCCACACUGGCCAGCCGCGCCCGGGGCCGUGCAAGCGCGUAUAACGCAGACAGCGACCGUGACAGCGGGGCCUCAUCUGCAAGCGAUGAUGAAGACACGGAGGCAAUUGAUGAGUUCUUGGAAGAGUUGGCCAGACUUGAGAGGGAGCUUCGGGAUGCAGAGAGGGUGAGAGACGAGGCUGUGACAAAAGCCGAUGAGAUGUAUGGGGAACUCCAGAAUCUUGAAAAACAACAUCGCUACGAGCUGGAGCACGUCAACCAGAACUUUGAGAUGGAGAAGGCUCGGAUGCGGGAGACGUUGAUACAGACUGGUAUGGAGGAGGAGCAACUGAAACACAUUGAAGAAGGAGCCCAGAAAGGAGCAAAGCAAGCCGUCAAUGACAAAAUGAAGAAAGCUAAAAAGCGAGUUGGAGUGCAAUUUGUUGAUUUUGCUGAACAUCUCGCUCAGAUGAAUAUUGAGAGGAACCAGCUUAGACAUCAGGUUGAUGAGAUCACCAAGGAAUGUCAACACUGGAAAGACCAAGUUCUUGCCAGUACAAACAUUACACCCGAGGAACUGGACGAGCUCGGGGCGAGUGGAGAGAACGGGGAACUAUCCAACUCCAGAGAGAGAAGCAACACCCAGACAGAAGACGAAGAGACGUCUUCUAAAGCCGACUCAGGAGUGGUGUGAAUGAACACGAGGUCAAAGGUCAAACAAGAAAUUUACAAAACUCCAGCAUAAGCAUAUUAAUUAAAUGAAACUACAGAUCAAGCAAUGUGAUACCUAUUAACUUGGUGCAAGUCAUUACUAUAACUCUGGUGCAUCGAAUUAGAUAUUACUGUACAGUUUAUGUUUAGUAGAAUAUUUACAUGUACUUCAUGAUUGUGUGAAUGUGUGUCGUCAAUUAUUCAUUUCUAUUAGUUUUUGUUUCUUUUAUACAAUCUAUACUUAAGAAAAAGAGAAAUUAAUAUUUGAUCUUUAAAAGAUUUGUUAGCACCACCAUACAACUUGAUUAUGCUUUGCAAAUAAUAAAUGAUUUCAAAGCCCAAUCUUACAAAGCGUUUUGAUCUAAACUAUUGAAAGCUAUCUAUGUCAACAUGAAUUGUAUUAAGUAUUCACACUCUACAUUUGAAAACAUAAUGAGAAAUAAAAUAUGAUAUAUUGAUAAAAUUCUUUGUGAUCUAUUUAACCUAUCAUGUACAUGCAAAAUGAAAAAAAUAAGAUUUCAAAGAAAUGUGCAUGCACCUCUUUAUGCUCAAUGCUUGUCUAUUUUGAUGCCUGGAAAUUUGCAUACCGGUAUGUAAUGUUUACAAUCUUUGAAGAAGUUUAUAGAAGUAACUUUAAAAUGUAAUAUUGGUGACUAAUAGACAAAAUUGUUCUUAUACAUCUAUGUAUGUUGCUGUAUAUGGGCAAUUUCAUAAAAUGUGUACGUCCGACCCCGUAUAUGUGGGGUCUUUAUGAAAUUUUCUGUCUCUGAUUUCUUGUUGUUUUGACAGUCUGUAAUGUUCUCAAAGGGCCAUGACUUGAUCAGUUUAUAAUGUGAAGUAAGACUUCAGAAAAAUGGGGGUCGGACGUACAAAAAGGUUUAUCAUUUUAUGGAAUAGCCCAAAUAGCAUUGUGAUGAAGGCGUGCAUGUACAUGUUUUGUUGGUAGUUACGUUUGUAAGUAAGUGUGCUUUCAAAAAGUUUUUCUUGUACUUGAGUGUUUUAUUCAGCUGCAUUUGCGUACACAUAUUGGGUAAAAAAAACAGAAUUUAAGGGAAGUGCUUUUUAAAUCAAUGAGUUAAAAUGAAUUUAGAUAUUGAUUUAUUUGUCUUCUGUAUUUCAUGUUAUCAUGUUGCCUGUAGGAAUCAUCUUUUUAUAGUGUCUUUCAUUUCAGUACUAGUAUCACAUGGAUAUGCCCACGUUCAUACUAGCCUUAGAGUUAUCAAAUCAUGUGAUUAUGUGAAUAUACCUGUAGACCAUUUUUUUUUGGGGGGAUGGGGGGAGGGACUGGGUGCUCUUAUAUUGAUACAUCGUUUCAAUAUAGGACAUCAUAUAUUCAUGUCUGUUAUUUAUGAAUGGUGGUAUAUUCACACACUUAUAUGUUGUAUGAUAUAUAUUAUAAGUAAUACAUCUGAAAGUGAGGAUAAAUGUGUAGUUUACUCAAUAAAUUGUUGAUGCAUCCCAAUAGAUUAUAUUUAUAGAUAAAUAUAUAGUUUCCAAGUUGAAUUUCUGAUGAUUUGAAAUAGAUUAUAUUUAUUGAUAAAUGUGUAAUUUACAAGAUGAAUUGUUGUUUGUUGGUGCAUUGAAAUAGAAUGAUAUAUAAUAUUUAUGGAUAUCAUGUAAUCAAAUUACCUCUGGUAUCGCAUGUUGUACAUGUAUAUAUUUAUUAGAAUUGUAUUAUAUAAUUUUUUUUAGUUGAAAUUUGUAGACUAGAUUAUGCAAGAUAUGUGUUAUAUACCUCUUCUAAGUCAAAUCUCUUUCGAGAGUGGAAGAGAAUUUGUUGUCCCAAUACAUUCAACUUUAUUUUGAGGCAAAGUUGCCUGUACAUGUAUGUAGACUUUAUGUUUGAUAAGUGGUAUGAGAUUCUUCUAUUUCUUCGCUGUUGAAAAACAGGUAGCUUGAGCUAAGCCACAGUAAUAAUAGCAGCUCUUUGUAUCCUCAAGCAAAAAGCAUUAUUUGAAUCCAGCAAUUAUUACUAUUAUUUCUUUUUUAUUAUUUAUCAGUCACAGCAUUCCAUUUAUAUUCCAAGUAACAUUUCCAUUUCUAACAAAAAAAUACUAAAUAUCAUUCUCAUAGGAUCGUGUGCAAUGCAUAAAGUGUGCUUUCUGUAUUUAUAUUUUUAAAAAAUGUUUCUUUGAUGAUCAAUGACAGUAUGUAUUUUACAAAGUGCUUAUGUACACUUGAUAGAGUGCUAAAAGUAUCAAAUAACUGUAUUGCCUCAAUCUACAUGAAUCUGUUCAAUUUAUUUUGUAAUAUCCAGUUAGCUAAUGUAUAUUCUAUAUAACUCAAUGUAACAUUCCUGAUUGUUAAGAAAACUAACCGAUAAGUAUGGUAGUGAAUAUUACCUAAUGUGUAUGCUGUCUACAAAUUUAUUUGUUGAGGAAAUAUAAUAGGCAAAGAGCAUGGAAAAUAAACCACAACUUCCUUUGAAAUGUGAAAAUAUAGAAUGGUGAAAACUUCUUGGAAAUUAAUGAACAUAUGCAGAUAGAUAUUGCACGUGACAAACAAACCACACUGGUAUUUGUAUUGCUAUUCUCAGAAAAAUUAUGCCAAACAUGUUAAAAGGCACCUAAACCCCAUAAAAGAUAUUUUGGAUUUUGGACUAGACCGAGAAUAAGCAGGGGUGAGAAUGUCAAGAAUGUUGACUAAAAAUUGAAAGAGUGUACCAGGGUCUCACAAGAAAGAGUUACUGUUUAUGGUGAAAUUUUGCAAUCAAUCUUUGCACUGGGAGAAGAUAAUAUGAUAGGUCGAGGAAGUUCAGGCAGUCAUGUUAUACCGUUAUACCGAGGUUUUUUUACCUGACUGCUAAGAAAGCACGAAUGCCUGUGAGCAAGCAACCAGGGGACCGACGGCUUAAGGUCCUCUCUGAGGGACCUGGUAAUGAGGAUAAAUGCCUUACCAAAGGGCACUAGCGCACCAUUUGGGAAACGAACCCGGGUCACCAGAAUCCGAAACCCUCGCUCAACCGACUGAGCUAGCCUAUCGCGCCUCCCUAAAUUAACAUUAACAUAUUGAAAGUUAUGUAUUGGUAUAUACAAAAAUAAGAUUACAAAUAGAGACAUACAAAAACAUCAUAUUUGAUUAAGUAAUCAUAGAUGUAGGUUGAAUAAAAGAUCUUUAUUUUACUCAAUUUCAAUGCAAGCUCUUAUGCCAUGAGUAAUAUGCUUUGUUGAUGUUUUUGACACCACAGUUCACAUUAUGAGAACUGAUAAUAGAAAUUCAUAUGUGUGUGUGUUGUAAUCCUAGCUUAAAUCAAUUAAUCAUGACCGUUAUCUGAUACUAUGUCAAAAUAGUUCAAAGUCUACUAUUACACCUUAUGGAGGUAAUGACUCAUGACUUUAGAAUUAUGCCUUGUUUUAUGUAUUUUUAUAUAGCGUACUUGAUAGAGAAUAUGCCGCUGUGCUUGUGUCAAUUUGAUAAAAUCAUUGACUUAUAUUUGGAGAAAUUAUUGCAAGAGCUUUGUAUCAUUAAGGGUGUUACUCGAUAGCCGAUAUUCUGUAAGUAGAAAUUCAUGGUUUGUCAUUCGGUGGUAUUUGUAUUUGAUGAGUGACAUUGUUUGUAUGACACUCAUUGUUUUUAUGUAAACUGUACAAGUUCAUGAAUUUAUUUUCUAUUCUUUAUUUCCCCCUCCUACUUGCACUUCUUUUUUCUCCUAUUCUCCUCUUGUUUCUUAUAAGAAUGAUGAUAAACUGUGUUCUCCCUCUUUAAAUUUGUAUUUUUUAUUUUAUUCACAGCUCACCCACCUUGGCUUAGAGGCCGUUUGUCAACCUAGAAAUGUUGAUUUGCUUUCAUUGUGGAAACGGUACAGCUCCCAUAUAUGCAUUGUGUAUUCAAAAUGAUAAUUUAAUGAAGUCAAUGAUCAAUUGAUAAAUGUUUAUGCCCGUCAGUGUUGUGCAAUGUAUUUACAUUAGCUUAUUCAUGUUCACAAGUUCAUGACAAGUUGACUGCUCAUUGUAUUGAAUUAAAGCACGUAGGCACGUGUUGAAAAAGACAA